CCGAAAGAACUGGAGCCUUUAAGGCCCGUUGAGUAUACCGGGCUCUGAUUUUCGCUGUCCGUCUCUGCAUUUCUUUCUCCAAUUGUGUGAUUUAAGCUUGCUAGAGAAAACUUUAUCAGAAUCUAUCUGUUUAGCCCUGAACUGGGCUGGGAAAAUUUCGGAAUUUUUUAGAAGGGAAUUUUGAUACGGCGGUCAUGGCAACAGCUUUGCGAUCAUUAACCCGGGCUAUGAGGAGAUCGAAACUGUUAUCCAUGUAUAGUUCAGGAUAUAUGUUGCACUCUCAUGCUACUAGUUUUGGGUAUAAAGAGGUGCGGGAGGAAGAAAAGAGCCAAAUGGUUGGUAACGUUUUCACCAGUGUUGCCUCAAACUAUGACCUAAUGAAUGACUUGAUGAGUGGUGGAUUACAUAGAUUAUGGAAGGACAGAUUGGUUUCCAAGUUGAAUCCUUUCCCUGGAAUGAAGCAUCUUGAUGUGGCUGGUGGUACAGGGGAUGUUGCUUUUAGGAUUCUAGAAAGUAUAAACAGUGUUAAACGUAGAGCUUUGCAAGAUUCUCCUGAAGAUAAUUUGCUGGAGGAAACUCAGAUUUUUGUGUGCGACAUCAACCCAAACAUGUUAAAUGUUGGUAAGAAGCGGGCACAAGAGAGAGGUCUUGCUGAGGAUAGAGCUCUUGUCUGGGUAGAAGGAGAUGCAGAAGCUUUGAAUUUUGAAGACAAUUCAAUGGAUGGUUACACAAUUGCCUUUGGGAUCAGAAAUGUUACGCAUAUUGAAAAAGCUCUUGCAGAAGCUUAUAGGGUGCUUAAACGAGGGGGAAGAUUUCUUUGCCUUGAACUGAGCCAUGUUGAAGUUCCAAUUUUCAAGGAACUGUAUGAUCUGUACUCUUUUUCAGUCAUUAGUCAUUCCAGCAGUGAGGCAGAGCUAGUUGCUGGUGAUCGGGAGGUCCAUAUCAGGUAUUUGUGGAAAAGCAUUCGGUCGGUUUUCCACCUCAGGAGAAAUUUGCUGCUAUGAUUGCAGACGCUGGAUUUCAGAAGGUAGAGUAUGAGAAUCUCGUAGGAGGGGUGGUUGCCAUCCAUUCUGGGUUAAAGUUCUAAU